AUCAUCCCUUCACCACUCCCCACUGAUAAAAUGCUCGCUCGCUCUCUCUCUCUCUCUCUCUCUCUCUCUCUCACUAUCUCUCUCUGUUCUGUAAAACAGAAACCAAAGCCAAAGGCAAGAAUGUAAAUAAAGCUCGGACCUUUAUGCAUUGGAGAGAGACAAAAGAUUCGCCCAGCUAAAAGAGAGAGACAAAAAGAUUCAAACUUGAUAGACAACCAACAAGAAGAGAGAGAAGAGAGUGAGUGAGGGAGGGAGGAGUUAGCUUGCUUUGCCUGCCCCUUUUACCUGGUUUGAUCGUCCUCCAUUUCUCUUCUAUGAGCUGCUCUUUGUUUCAUUUCAUCGAAUAUAGAUGCUGAACUUGCUCCUUCAUCGAUUAUCUAAAGAGCAAGUUCAAAUCUUUCCCCUGUUUGAGUGGUGCCAAUUUCAUAAGCGUGGAUGAUUCCUUCAUGAAUGGUUGGUGUUGGGUAGCUGCCUCGAGACAUCUCCAUUUCUAGUACAUUUCUCUCAGAAACCUAAAAUGUCUGGCCGGAAGGUUUUGCUAACAUAUAAGCGAAAGCGGCUUUCAUCAACUAGUGGCCUUGCUUGUGAAAACUGGAAAUGUGGUUUGCCCUCUGAGGGUCGGGAAACAGAUUCUCAGGAUUUCCAUGAUGGCAAAAAGCCGUCUAGCAGCUGUGCCAUUGCAAGAGAUUCUUUAGAUUCUUUGCCUGUCGAGAAAUCCUGCAGAGUAAAGACAGAGGAAGGUGUUGAAGAAUCUACUGCAGAACCAUUAACAGUUUCUUCGAAUGAAUUGCCCCAAAUAAGCACUCCUUGGAGAGAUACCCCUGUGAAGAAAUCGGAUAGUCAACCAGUGGUGCAUAGCUUCCCGAAGAGUAAUUUGCCUCCAAAUAACAAAGAUCAAUCUACAACACAUCAUGAUAGCAUUGUAGGGAAAUUUUCUCAAAUGUUAGUUCUAGGUGAUGACACAGAUAGGUCGUCAUUUCCUAGUGCAUCUGCCAAGGAAAAUCAUGAUUUUUCACAGGCAAAUGCCUCAAGUUUUGAAACAUCAAACCUGGAAGUUGAUUGUUCAAUUAUCGAAGAAAAGCCCACCAAUUUAUUUUGCGACUCGUGUGGAGAAGUGGAGCAAUCUCCUGCUUUACUUACCUUCAGUCGAAGGCAUAAGAGGAAAAGAGAUGUAAAUGGUUUUGGUAGAGAAAGCGAAUCACUGUCUGCUAAGGGACAGAGCACCUCCUCUAAUAUUAAUCCUCAUGCUUCAGAUGUGGCUAAUCAUGGAGGCAGCAUUAGAGAUCAUGCGGCUUCUACAAUACUGUCAGGCCACAAUUCAGAUGCGAUAGUGGCCACUGAUCGAAUGAAAGGCAUUGAUGCUAUAUCAGCUCGUCGAGGAUCCUGCAUUGGAAGUGAGAUUUCUAUGGUCAACGAAGAGGAAGUGCCGAACGGAGAUAACAUUCCUGUGGAUGUUUCGGCUAGUGCUGAACGAGAAAUCAAGCAUGAAUCCGAUUCUACUACGAUCAAAGAUCAUUAUCUUAGGUGUUCUCUAGGUGAUACCAUCAAAGAUCUCCAUUUGGAUGCUAAUAACAGCCAAGAAGCAGAAAAUUCUCGAGUCGAAACACCCACUGGCGAUCAUGUGAGAGUCAAUCAUGUGAACAAAGGAGAAGUAGACCAUUCUUACUUGAACCUUUCUGUUGCACCCUCAGAUACAUCUGGGCAGAAGGAGGGCAUUGAUUUGAAUAUAUCACUUGAUACUAAUUCCAUCAAUGGCUCAGUUGAAAUUCCCCAUGGUUCACGAUCCUCUAUUUUUGAAGUUCGUGACACUUCUUUGCAAGAAUUAUCUCCUUCUAGUGCCUCGAAAGUUCGACAUGGGAGAGACGAUGAGUUUUUUCAAAUCCCCCAAAAGCCUAGAGAUUCAUGCCUUGCGGAAGACUUCAACCCCAAACAUGACAGGGGCAAAUCUUCUGUUGUUUUUCCGGAUGAAGAUGCAUCCAAAAACAAAUGCAUGCAGCUGUUUCCAGAUAAAAAUGAUGAAAUUGCCAUAAAAUCAUCAGUCAGCCUCCUCGAAACGGUUGGUUCUAAAGAUUCUAAAGCAGGGGAUGUUCUUCAGUUGGGUAUUGCUAAUACAUGUCCAGAGCAGCUCUUUGGACGACAUCCUUUUCAAGGCUUACCUCCGCCUAUUGACCCCAAUUUCAGUGGAUGCACCCAUAGAAACUGCCCCUCAAUACAAUUGCUAAGUCCUGAAAGUGAAAGCAAAGAAUAUUUGCAGCAUCAAUUCCCUUACUCGUCUACAAAUCAGCAUUCACUUCUUCUGAGACGCAGUUUGAUGCUUGAUAGCAUUCUAGGUCGUGCUAGAGCUUCAAAUGCUUCCAUAGCGUGGUCAGAGGAGGAGUUGGAUUAUCUGUGGAUUGGUGUGAGAAGAUAUGGGAGAAGCAACUGGGAAGCUAUGCUAAGAGAUCCGAGGUUACAUUUUUCUCCAUUUAGAGUGGCCAGAGACCUAGCUGAGCGGUGGGAGGAGGAGCAGAUUAGACUUUUCAAUGGGGCUUGCUCAUCACAGAGCAAAAUCUCAAGACCGCGAGGGCUUCCUUCUGGACAUAAUUGUAGUUUGAGACGAAGGGGUGGGGCUGGGGCUCUAAGGAGAAACUUACUGGAUGAGACCCAACUCUCGCUCGGGGACUUAUACAUGCAUAAGGAGGGGACUAGUAUGGGGGAUUUUCCAGUUGGACAGCUACACAGAACUGGUGGUCACACAGGGAGGAACCUUUACAAGGAUUAUCUCAUGGAGCGAUACGACAAGAGAUCGUUAAAUGGUCCUUUCACCAGCGUUGCAGAGGCAAAUGAUGGUUUGCCUCAUUGGCUUCGAGAAGUUCAUAUCCCUCUUCCAGGACUAACAUAUCAAACUGCGGCAUCAUAUGUUAUGCCUACAUCUCAUUCUGGAUCGGCAAAAAUUGCUCGACCUCAUUCGGAUUCCAGUAUGCCAUGCCCCAGAAUGAAUAUCACCUCAGAUGCUCGAGACCCUGUCAGGCACGGGGCAGCUGAAUGGGGCAGUUCCUCUCUGCCUCGUGCUAGUAAGCAAAAUGACUUUAUCGUCAUCAACAGCGAUUCAUCUUCAGAAGAGACCAUAUCUGAUGAUAAUUGUAUUAGGGCGUGAUUCUCAGUAAGGUGGGAACUUUAGCGUUGAGAAUUAAUAAGGUGCUGUAGAGUAUUUUUGCGAUGAGGCAACUGUGAAUCUGGAAAUGUAAUAUUGGGAAAAUAAGAAAUCCACUUAUUGCUGCA